UUAUAGAGACUACAGAGCGGCGUGGAGGGGCUAACAUGGAGAAAAAUAUCGGGUCUCUACAGGAACAAGCCCUGAAGCGAAAAGAGAGACUGAAAGCGUUGAGAGAUAAAAAACUUCACGGGCGAGAGCAGGAAGAUGGCGAGCCAGAGCAUAAAAAAGCUUAUUCGGAAGAGGAGACACCGGAGAAGAGACACGCGGAUCUGAAGCUGAGAAAUUACACUCCUGAGGAUGACGAGCUAAAGGAGAGGCAGGUCCCCAAAGCCAAACCCUGCAUCAGAGACUUUUUUUGGUUUCCAGUGGAGGAUAAAGUCAAAGACCAGUUAAAGGCUGCCAAUCCAGAACCCAUCAUUGAAGAAGUGGAUUUAGCAAACCUGGCCCCAAGGAAACCAGACUGGGAUCUCAAGCGGGACGUGGCAAAGAAACUGGAGAAGCUGUCAAGGAGAACACAAAGGGCCAUUGCUGAACUCAUCCGCGAUCGUUUGCGAGGCAGCGAGGAGGAGCUGGCCGGAGUGGUGGGAGCGGUACAAACGGAACAGGAAGACUCUGACUGAUUUGGAGAUAGAAGAAAAGACACUCUGGAAAUGUGGAUAUCACAAGGCCUAACAUGACCCUAACAUCGCAUGUUUUGGAAAUGUGGGAGGAAGCUGGAGUACUGUGAGAAAAUCCACGCAAGGCAGGCACCAGGAGAACAUGCAAAAUCCUCACCGAGAUGUGAGAUUCAAACCCAGGACCUCUUCACUGUGAGGCAAAUGCGCUAACCACUAGGCCACAACCGUGCUACUCGACACGCAAAUGAUAUUGGUGAAUUACAAAUCUAUUUUAUUCCUACCUGCACCACCAUGGCCGUCUUGCUGCCUUUACCCAGAGAGUCCUGCAACAAGUAUGUAAGGCGAGAGUUCCUGAAUGGGAUGUGAGUCUGUCGCGCUCUCAGGGCUUGAAUGACGUCCCCGAGGGCCAAAAGGGAGCGGUUUAUAUUCUGGGCCUCCUUCAGCCUCUCGCCCUCUGCGCCAGACUUCCAUACCCUCUCCGAUCCCGCCAGGUCAACCAAGUUCAACUUGCCUGAGGGCAAGAAAAAGAAAACCCCAUCGAUGCUUAAUUAGAUUACCUGGACAUCUCAUCUGUGCCUAUUAGGAAAACGUCAACAGCAGGUAUUUCCAAAGAGAUGUGAAAAUGUUGAUGCCUGUGCAACUGACCGGUGGUUUUGGAGCCAGUGGCGAGGUCUGUGCCCUGAACGGUGAUGCAGAGCAGAGCAUGAGAGCGAGAGCUGUGCUGGUUCAUCUGAGUGCCAAAUGUGAUCCUGUUCCUGCGGGCCAUGGCUAAAAUCUGGACCCAAACAAAUAUUCAUAUUCAUAUUAAUAUAAACAAAUAUUAACAAUAUUGUUAAAGUCGAUCAAGUGAAAUGCCCGUUUGUCGCAGGGGAUACAUUCCAGACCCACCCGCAAAAGGGGAAAAUCUGCACUAUAGAGACCAUAUACAAACCUCUUUUACCCCUCACACAUGCGUUAAACACAUGUAAACUUUGUAAAACGCACUUUUAAACAUUUUGUAAACGUAUUUGAACACGAAAAAAACUGCAAGCAUAAAAUAUAUGCAAAAUACUGUAUAGUAUUGGUAAGCGCUCUGAAUACUUGGGCCAAGAUUAUAAAGUGCCUUUGGCUGAAUUAAUGAUAAGUCUCUCUUAAAACGUGUUUCCUUUAUUUUAUACAAUUUUUAUUCAUUGUAUGUAUGUGAGUUUGGCAUUUCCCACAUACUGCUCUGUUAAAUACACUGGUUAAAUGAUGACAAUUUAUUUUAUUUUUUUAAAAGGGCUUAACUGUCCACAUUUGUCCACAGUUAUUUGAUAAAAUGAGUCAUUUUGAUCAUGUAUAUUCUGUUUUCAUAAUCCUAUUGAAUAUUUUUCACAUCCCAACAAUUGCUCUCCACCCUGUCAUGUGGGGUAACUGACCCUUUAUGAAACCCUCUGUUUUCAAGACUAUUUUGUCUUUCUUCGUUGGAGGCUUAAAGAGUGACUAGUUGCAGAAUAAAUACUGUAAUUCCACUUAUCUUUCUGAAUUUCCACUAUUAGGUGUGUAGCUAGAUGUUGUCAAGCUUAACAUGCCCAGUCUGUUAUAGUGAAAUAUAAAUUGAUAUUAAAAAAAAAAAAAACACUUUCAGAAAUGUGAACUAUAUAUGCGGAAUAUAGCAGAGGAACGAGCAAAUAUCACCUUCUUGAUAUGCUGGAAACUCUUAACCUCGAUGACCCUGAGUCCCGGCACGUGUAGCUGUCCUGUUCCAUCCGGGUUGAUUUUGAUGUCCAGUUUCUCUCCAUCCUUACUCAGUAGAUCUCUGAGAUUCAAAGUAUGUCACUACCCGGCAGCCGUAAUCCUAUUGCCAUGCCUCGCUCAGGAUGUACUGUAUCUUUACCUUAGCACCUCAUUGUAGAUCUCCACGGAGCUGACAGUGACAGUGUAGGACCACAUGUCCUUCCGCUCCUCAAUUUCACUAAAGAGAUGUUUCAGGGCCCUCUGGUUGAUGCCAGGGUUCUCCAUACUGCCCUAAAUAGCAGAACAAAAACAGCCAGCGCUGAUUUAAUUGAAUGAUACGUUGCAAUUGAAUAUCUAGGAAAAAAGAUGCUGUAAAAGAGUUCAUGGUUGUAGAUGACCACGAUGUGUUCCACAGGGCGUCCUCCAGUUGCUUAUGAUAUUGCGGAUAAAUGUACACUAAUACAGCAUCUCACUACAUUACAAUAUUGUUGAAAACGUCAUUCCAGUAGUUAAAUUAAUUAAUUAACCGGUUACAAAACAGUUGAUGACCCCAGGUCUACUAAGUAUCAUGCAGAGGAAAAAGUACAUACGUUUUUGUAUAGCACUCACAACAUCAUUACCUCCAUAGUGUAUGUCUUCCCAGAGCCAGUCUGUCCAUAUGCAAAUAUGCACACAUGGUAGCCAUCGAUGCUUGAGGUCACAAGAGGCUCGAUCUCCUGAAAGACCUAAAGGCAACAAAAUGCAAGUUAUGAUACAGCUUUUCAGACGAUUCCUUGUCUGUGUUGUUUAGAUGUUCUAACCUCUUCCUGUGUAGCCUGACGAUGGAAGACCUUGUCCAGCUCAAAAAUGCGACCCUUCCCUUUACUCAGCACACUCAGAGAGGACUCGUUAUCGGGGUCCGUGGUCACCACCACGGAUUGGCCCUCCUCGUGCUGGUCCUCUUUCAGCACAGGCUUCACACGGCACAGCACACGGAUGUUGCCUAGGGAUGCAAGACAGACAUAAUAUGAUACAGUUACUUACUAUAAGAACCAUCAACGGUUGACAAUAUAUGACAAUAUCCCUAACAUACUUGAGUCAGUAAAGUGACCCAAAUCCGCUAUAUGCGGAAUGUCAUGUGACCAAACCCGGAAAAAGGUGCUUCGACCCAUUUUGGAGAAUGUGGAAGUCGGUUGCGCAUAUACCGGAUUGUACUGUAUAUUGCAUCUGUGCAUACCUUUUAGUUCCACCAGCUGCUCAUGCAACUUCCUCCGGAGUGCAACCUCCUUUCUGUAUUUCUCCAGGAGGUCUUUGUUGGCUUCUGACAUCUCAGAGAUCGCUGCUGAAACCUGCCAAACGAGAAUGAUGACAUUAUUUUUGUGCGUCUUUGACUGAUAUUGAGCAGUGGCGCGCCGUGUAUUUGGUACCUCGGCCUUGAGCGGGGACUUACCCAACUUAAUUACCUCUUAAUACCACCACUAUCAGAAUUAAUAUUUAUCUAAUAAUGUGACAAAAAUGUACAACAUUCAAAUACAUCCUACUCACCAGAGAUGCUCAUUAUGAAGUAUAUUAAUGUGUGCAGAUCAUGACAGAUAUGUGUUGUGCUAGUUCAACUUGGCUGUAACAAGUUUUGCUCAAACCGACCAAUCAGAUGUCGGAGAGAUGCCGUCGUUACUGUGGUUAAAGAAACGGUCCCAUUUGUAAUAUCGCUUAACUUAGAUCAGCCACAUUGUAGAUACGGUUUCCCUCAGAGGGCCGUUAUGAUUGUAAAACCAUAUAAAUGUUUAAUCGCCUCAUCAUAUUAUUACAUAUACACAACAAAUUGAUGGAUAACUAGUUUUGAAAUCAGAAGUCAAGGAUAAUGGGUUUUUUUCAACGAUUGUUCAAGUAACUGCAAAAGGGGUUUGGAGGCAAAACGUGCUUACAAUAGUUUAUUAUUUAUUACAUAUGAAUAUUAGAUGAAAAUUUGGAACAGAUAUUAGUCAGAAUCAUGGAAGUUGACACAGAUUGAAGGUUGAAGUUGACAGAGCUCAUGAUUGGAUUUUGUGGGCCACAUAAAAAAAGGUGGUGGGCUGAAUCUGGCCCCUGGGCCUUUAGUUUGACACCUGUGAGAUAGGGAGUUGGAAAUGAAUGAAUACAAUUUCAUGGGAAAAAUAUUAGAAUAUGGAACAAAUUUACAUUGACUAAGGUUAGUGCCACUGAUAUUGAGUAAUGCGAUGUUGAUCACCUGUUUCUUUGCCUCCUUUAUCGCCGCGCCGUAAAACUCCGAGAAGUUCCGAACUUGGCUCCUCAGGCUGGCGUAGUCUGUUUUCAUGCAGCGCAGAGUUGGGGGGAGGGCCGUCAGGCGUUUUUGUAAACCUGAUGAAAAAAAAAUGGUCUUUAAAUUCGGCUUAAUAGAUUGAUAGGAGAAGUUCAUGAAGCGCAAGUGAUGUAACCAACCGAAGAACUGGUGCUGCAGGUCCUCAAAGUGUUCUGCUGAACAGUUAGCAGCGGCCUUCACUGCCUCCUCCUUCCUCUCCUCCAAGUGGCCGAUCUCCUUCAACAGCUCCUCUCUCAGCUGUCCGAUCUCCCGCUCAUAAGCUGCAAUCUAUUAAAAAAAGGGCCACAAAUAUGUCCACUGGUCAUCUUAUCUGGUCUAGUAGGUGUACUGUGUUGGAAA